GCUGGGAGGGAGGGAGCGCGCGCGGGUGCAGCUGUCGCCGCGCUCCAGCCGGGUUUGCCGUGGCUGCUUCCCGGCUUGUCCCCCCGCCUCCCGUUCACCCCGCUCCCGGGGAGGACGCGCGCCCGCGCGGAGAGCCGUCGCUGUCAAUCAACAGACGCCGGGUCCAAAGCUGCAAGCCGCCGGUCGCUGUGCUUUCUCUCUCUGUCUCUUCACCCACCUCCCCCCCUCCCUCCCUCCCUUCAGACAGCAGCCAUGGGCUUCCUGCACCAGCUGCACCUCUUGCUGUGGAAGAACAUCACCCUGAAACGCCGGAGCCCGUGGGUUUUGGCGUUCGAGAUCUUUAUACCACUGGUUCUCUUUUUCAUUUUGCUGGGACUUCGUCAGAAGAAGCCGACUAUUCCUGUCAAAGAAGCGUUCUACACGGCUGCACCGUUGACAUCUGCCGGGAUACUCCCUGUGAUGCAGUCUCUAUGUCCCGAUGGCCAGAGGGAUGAAUUUGGAUUCCUGCAGUACUCCAACUCCACGGUCACACAGUUGCUCGAGCGAAUUAAUGAGGUGGUGGAAGAGAGCAAUCUGUUUGACCCUGAUCGCCCAGGUCUUGAAGAAGAGCUGGAAUCACUACGCCGUCAUCUGGAAUCCAUGAAUAACGACCCAAGCUCAGUGGAGAACCACUUCAACCACACUUACGGAUUCACUCUUGGAUCAGUUGUGAAGGACCGGGCUGAACUUCAACACUUCCUGACACACAACUUGUCCAUGUCCAAUGAAACAGCUGGACUCCUACUAGGAUCAAGUGUCAAUUUAAAGGAGGUAUUCCGCCUUUGCUUUGGAUCGUAUCCAUCAGCUGUAGACAGCGAACUGGACAGUGAUAAUUGGGAUGCGUUUAGUGCUGGAGAGAAACUUCUACGGUUAGAGGAGCAUCUUCUGGGAGGCUGGCAGAAGAUAGAAGGAGGACUGAUUCAUAAGGCGUUAAGUGACCCAGAAAAAGUGACUCACAGACAAAAACUUGUCCAGCUAUUGGCCCAAGCUCUUGGCCUAGCAGGAUCCAGCAACUCCACAGAUGCCUAUGAUCCAGAAGGACUUGUUGGGGAGAUGGAGAAUAUUCUGUUUGUGCCCAAUGUCUUGGAAUCCCUGACCUGCGGUGAUGAAAAGGAUGACCUCCAGAAGAUUCUGAUGAUCCCGGUGUCUCAGACAGCUCGGCUCAGCCGUUAUCGGGGAGUUGUUUGUAACACCACCACCAGAGUGCGGAAGGAACAUUUUCAGCAACUCGCCCAUGAACUUAAAAGCCAGGUGGACAUCCAGAAAAUUGUGGAGAAGUUGAAGUUGAAUGAGGUGAACAGCACAGCAGUUCAGCAUCACCUUCGAGCCUUACUUGAAGACCUGAUUGAGGUGGAAAAGAUUCUGAAGGAUGUGGAUGCCUUGUCAGGACUCGCCAGACUGUUGCCAAAAGGAGCUUGCGCUGGCAAAAGCCCAUCAACAGCAGCCAACAGUACCAGCUGGAAUAGCAACUUCACCACUGCCAAUGCCACCUCAGAGGAGGGAGAAGAGGCCCAGAAGGAGAAUCCUCACACUCAGUUUUCGGCCUUUGUCCAACUCUGGGCUGGCCUUCAGCCAAUCCUCUGUGGGAAUAACAGAACGAUAGAACCUGAAGCACUAAAACAGGGAAACAUGAGCUCAUUAGGCUUCACCAGUAAGGAGCAACGCAAUCUGGGACUGCUGGUGCACCUCAUGACCACCAAUCCCAAAAUCCUUUAUUCACCAGUUGGCACAGAGGUGGACAAAGUCAUAGAAAAGGCUAAUGAAACGUUUGCUUUUGUUGGAAAUGUUACACAUUAUGCCAGAGUUUGGCUGAACAUUUCCUCUGAAAUCCGCACUUUUCUGGAAGAAGGCAAGCUACAGAAUCGCAUCAGCUGGCUACAGCAAUUUACCUCUGAUUUGAAGAGGCGUCCAGAAGUGUUGAAUGCCUCUGAUAGCGACAUCAUCAGGAAUUUCAUCAACAGCAACUUCUCCAUGCCAAAUUCCAGCACGUUGCUCCAGCAACUGGAUACCAUCGAUAACGCAGCCUGUGGCUGGAUCCAGUUUAUGUCCAAGGUGAGUGUGGACAUUUUUAAGGGCUUCCCCAAUGAGGAGAGUAUAGUGAACUACACCUUAAACCAAGCAUAUCAGGAAAAUGUCACAGUGUUUGCCAGUGUAAUAUUUCAGACCAAGGAGGAUGGCACUCUGCCUCCUCAUGUCAUGUUGAAGAUCCGCCAAAACUCCAGCUUUACUGAGAAGACCAAUGAGAUCCGCAGGGCCUACUGGAGGCCAGGCCCAAACACUGGAGGGAGAUUCUAUUUCCUGUAUGGGUUUGUUUGGAUUCAAGAUAUGAUGGAACGGGCCAUUAUCAAUACAUUUGUGGGCCAUGAUGUGGUGGAGCCUGGGAACUAUGUCCAGAUGUUCCCCUACCCCUGCUACACCAGGGAUGACUUUCUGUUUGUGAUUGAGCACAUGAUGCCCCUCUGUAUGGUUAUAUCGUGGGUGUACUCGGUGGCCAUGAUGAUUCAGCACAUUGUCGCUGAGAAAGAACACAGGCUAAAAGAGGUCAUGAAGAUGAUGGGGUUGAACAAUGCAGUCCACUGGGUGGCUUGGUUCAUCACAGGCUUUGUACAGCUCUCGAUCUCUGUAACUGCUCUGACGGGUAUCCUGAAGUACGGCAAAGUUCUAAUGCACAGCGAUCCCUUUAUAAUAUGGCUGUUUCUUACAAUCUAUGCCAUUGCUACCAUCAUGUUCUGUUUCCUGAUCUCUGUGGUCUACUCCAAGGCAAAGCUGGCCUCAGCUUGUGGUGGGAUCAUAUAUUUCCUCAGCUAUGUUCCGUACAUGUAUGUGGCUAUUCGCGAGGAGGUAGCUCACGAUAGAAUAACAGCAUUUGAGAAGUGCAUUGCGUCACUCAUGUCCACAACUGCAUUUGGCCUUGGCUCGAAGUAUUUUGCUCUCUAUGAGGUGGCAGGAGUUGGAAUUCAAUGGCAUACCUUCAACCAGUCGCCAGUAGAAGGAGAUGACUUCAACCUGCUGCUCUCCAUGGUCAUGUUGAUUGUUGACGCCACUGUCUAUGGGGUGCUAACAUGGUACAUCGAAGCUGUUCAUCCAGGGAUGUACGGACUCCCCCGACCGUGGUACUUCCCAUUCCAGAAAUCCUAUUGGUUGGGGAAUGGACGGAUUGAAACGUGGGAAUGGUCCUGGCCUUGGGCCAGAAGCAGCAGGCUCAGUAUCAUGGAGGAUGACCAGGCCUGUGCAAUGGAAAGCAGACGAUUGGAAGAGACUCGGGGGAUAGAAGAGGAACCAAGUCAUUUGCCUUUGGUCGUGUGCAUUGAUAAGCUGACCAAAGUCUACAAGACAGGAAAAAAGUUGGCUUUGAACAAGCUCAGCCUGAACUUGCAUGAGAACCAGGUGGUGUCGUUCCUGGGGCACAAUGGCGCUGGAAAAACCACAACAAUGUCCAUUCUGACGGGACUGUUCCCACCCACUGCUGGCUCAGCCACAAUUUAUGGGCAUGACAUUCGAACAGAAAUGGAUGAAAUCCGGAAAAACCUAGGCAUGUGUCCACAGCACAAUGUGCUCUUUGACAAACUGACUGUGGAGGAGCACCUCUGGUUUUACUCGCGCUUGAAGGGAAUGGCUGAGGAUGAGAUCCGUAAAGAAAUGGACAAGAUGAUUGAAGAUUUGGAAUUGUCUAAUAAGCGGCACUCUCUGGUGCAGACGUUAUCUGGGGGAAUGAAACGCAAAUUGUCUGUUGCCAUUGCAUUUGUUGGGGGAUCCAAAGCCGUUAUUUUAGAUGAACCAACGGCAGGAGUAGAUCCAUACGCUCGCCGUGCUAUCUGGGACCUAAUUCUGAAAUACAAACAAGGCCGGACAAUCCUUCUGUCCACACACUACAUGGAUGAGGCUGAUCUUCUUGGCGAUCGCAUUGCAAUAAUUUCGCACGGAAAGCUGAAGUGCUGUGGGUCACCUCUGUUUCUCAAAAGCACUUACGGAGAUGGCUACAAGUUGACCGUGGUGAAGAAGCAACCUGACUCACAAACUAACUCAGAUUCAGGACAGGAACUCAGCCCUUCAUUACGUUCUGCCUGCUUGGAAUCCAAGGUCACUCAGUUUAUUAAAAAGUAUGUGGUGUCCACCAUACUGGUCUCAGAUACGAACACAGAGAUAUCUUACAUUCUGCCGUCAGAAGCUGUGAAAAAGGGAUGCUUUGAGAGACUUUUCCAGGCCCUGGAUCUGAACCUGGAAGACCUGAAUUUGACCAGUUUUGGUCUGAUGGACACCACACUAGAGGAGGUUUUCCUGAAAGUUUCUGAAGAAGAUCAGUCCUUGGAGAACAGUGACAUAGAUGACAAAGAUUCGGGGAAGGAGGGAAUGCAGACCCCACAGACGGACCAGAGAAAUGGCCGCCACAAAGACACCCCUCCUAAAGAAAGUUCGCGCAAGAUGGAAGUGAAUGUGAGCAAUUUGGUCACAUGUGCCACACUCAGUCAGUCCCAGUCUUCCGUUCAUUCCUCCUCUUCCGUUGGUUCUGUCCGAGGUGAUGAGAUGGGUGGUUAUUCUGAAUUCUAUGGAGACUACACACCUCUCUUCGAUAACCUGACUGAUCCAGACAAUCUCAGUUUACAAGCAGAACCAGAACCAGACCUGAAGAGCAUUGUUUUGGAGGGUCAAGGAAGUACCAAACUGGAAGGUUCUUGGCUGAAGCUCUGUCAGUUCUAUGGACUGAUAGUGAAGCGUUACCACUGUGCCAAACGCAAUACCAAGAGUAUCUUCUCGCAGAUCCUGCUCCCAGCAUUCUUUGUAUGUGUGGCAAUGACGGUGGCACUCUCAGUUCCCGAAAUAGGUGACUUGCCUCCUCUGAUCCUUUCCCCAUCUCAGUACCACAACUACACACAACCUCGAGGAAACUUCAUACCAUAUGCAAACGAAGAGAGAAAUGAGUACAGGAUAAAGUUAUCACCUGAUGCUAGUCCCCAACAACUGACCAAUACCUUCUAUCUGCCCUCGGGGAUUGGAGCUACCUGUGUCCUAAAGACUCCAUACAACAGCACAUUAGACCAGCUGGUACAGACCCUGAAUCUAUCGACCAGUGAGACGAAGAUGCUGGCAUCCAAGUACUUCGACUCGAUGUGUCUGGACUCUUUCACACAAGGCCUACCGCUCUCAAACUUUGUUCCUUUGCCCCCUUCACCUGCUCCUUCAGAUUUUCCCGACACAGGAGCUGAUGAAGGAACACACAUGUGGAAUUUGACAUCACCCGUUACAAUGAAAGAAACAUUCACGUCGUCACCUUCCAUUCCACACCCUAUCCACGAGCCCGUGAGAUGCAGCUGCUCGAUGCAAGGAACUGGUUUCUCCUGCCCCAGUGGAGUUGGAGGUCACCCACCACAGAAGAAAGUGGUGACGGGCGAUAUUCUGGUGGAUAUUACAGGCCGCAACGUUUCGGAGUAUAUUCUGCAUACUUCAGAUCGCUUCAGACUUCAUAGAUAUGGAGCGCUGACGUUUGGGAACGUGCUCAAAUCUAUACCAGCAUCAUUUAGUACAAAGGCAGCUCCGAUGGUGCGGAAGAUCGCAGUGAGAAGAACUGCACAGGCAUUUUACAACAACAAAGGUUAUCACAGCAUGCCCACUUAUCUGAAUACCCUGAACAAUGCCAUUCUGCGAGCCAACCUACCCAAGAGCAAGGGCAACCCUGCAGGAUAUGGUAUCACAGUGACAAACCACCCAAUGAACAAGACCAGUGCCAGUUUGUCCCUUGACUAUCUUCUGCAGGGCACAGAUGUGGUCAUUGCGAUUUUCAUCAUUGUGGCUAUGUCCUUUGUCCCAGCCAGCUUUGUGGUGUUUCUAGUGGCAGAGAAAUCAACCAAAGCAAAACACCUGCAGUUUGUUAGUGGAUGCGACCCCGUUAUCUACUGGCUGGCCAACUACGUUUGGGAUAUGUUGAAUUACUUGGUACCAGCGACUUGUUGCAUCAUCAUUCUCUUUGUGUUUGAUCUACCAGCCUACACGUCACCUACUAAUUUUCCAGCGGUCCUCUCACUCUUCCUGUUGUAUGGUUGGUCAAUCACUCCAAUCAUGUAUCCAGCAUCCUUCUGGUUUGAAGUUCCCAGCACAGCCUAUGUGUUCUUAAUCGUCAUCAACCUCUUCAUCGGUAUCACAGCCACAGUUGCCACAUUCCUGCUUCAACUGUUUGAACAUGACAAGGAUCUGAAAGCUGUGAAUGGCUACCUGAAAUCCUGUUUCCUCAUUUUCCCAAAUUACAAUCUGGGCCAUGGGCUGAUGGAAAUGGCUUACAAUGAGUACAUCAAUGAAUACUAUGCAAAAAUAGGCCAAUUUGGAAAGAUGAAGUCUCCUUUUGAAUGGGAUAUUGUGACACGAGGACUGGUUGCGAUGACAAUAGAAGGGUUUGUGGGUUUCUUCAUCACGAUCAUGUGCCAGUACAAUUUCUUCAGAAAGCCACAACGCCUGCCAGUUUCUAACAAGCCAAUAGAGGAUGAUGAUAUUGAUGUGGGGAAUGAGAGGAGACGUGUGUUACGAGGAGAUGCGGACACUGAUGUUCUUAAAAUUCAGAACCUGACAAAGGUGUACAAGUCUCGGAGGAUGGGUCGGAUCUUGGCAGUAGAUCGCUUGUGUGCUGGAGUGCGCCCAGGAGAAUGCUUUGGCUUACUAGGAGUGAACGGAGCUGGGAAGACUACAACAUUCAAGAUGCUGACUGGGGAUGAGAGUACAACUGGUGGGGAGGCCUUUGUUAAUGGAAACAGUAUUCUCAAGGACCUGCUGAAGGUCCAGCAGAGUAUUGGCUACUGCCCACAGUUCGAUGCACUUUUCGAUGAGCUCACUGCACGGGAACACAUGGAGCUCUACACUAGGUUACGUGGAGUCCCCUGGAAAGAUGAAGAGAGGGUUAUAAACUGGGCACUUGAUAAGCUGGAGCUCACGAAAUAUGCAGACAAACCUGCAGGAACAUACAGUGGUGGCAACAAAAGAAAGCUCUCGACGGCCAUUGCGUUAAUCGGCUACCCUUCUUUAAUUUUCCUGGAUGAACCGACAACAGGAAUGGACCCCAAAGCACGCAGGUUUUUGUGGAACCUGAUUCUUGACAUCAUUAAGACGGGGCGCUCAGUAGUGCUGACAUCACACAGCAUGGAGGAAUGUGAGGCGCUGUGCACGAGACUGGCAAUCAUGGUAAACGGACGCUUCAGGUGUCUCGGCAGUAUUCAGCACUUGAAAAACCGGUUUGGUGAUGGCUACAUGAUAACCGUCCGCACAAAGUCCAGUCUGUAUGUGAAAGAAGUUGUACGUUUUUUCAACAGAAAUUUCCCUGAAGCAGUUUUAAAGGAGAGGCACCACACCAAAGUGCAAUACCAGCUGAAGUCAGAAAACAUUUCACUGGCGCACGUUUUCAGUAAGAUGGAGCAAGUCGUUGACGUGCUGGGAAUUGAAGAUUAUUCUGUCAGUCAAACUACACUGGACAAUGUGUUUGUAAACUUUGCGAAGAAGCAGAGUGACAACCUGGAGCAGCAGGAAACGGUCAGCACUGGGAGCAUGCACUCACCGGUCAAGCGCAUUCUCAGCCUCCUGCGGCCAAGGGGCACCCCAACAGAACUACAAGCUCUGACUGUUGAUGAGCCCGAGGAGUUAGAGAGUGAUGAUGAAGGGCUAAUCAGCUUCGAGGAGGAGCGUGCUCAACUUUCGUUCAACACGGACACAUUGUGCUGAGAGGGCGAUGUCCCCUGAAUACAUCUAUCUCUGAAGACCUUGUACACGGCAAUUAAGAACUUUGCAUCAUCCCAGCACGACCAACGGUAGUGUUGGGAGUAAGGAUUGGAGGUGACUGAAUAUAUGGUCGAUUAUUCCUUUGAGCUGAGCCACUUCAAAUGGAGACAUUAAAUCCAUCAACCAGCAGGGAAUGCUGAUUAGUUGGCAUGAGUGGUUUUGGUACCCAUGCCUUUUCUUUUCCUGGGGAAGUAUUGGCGAAGUUGCUCUCCAAUAAACAUGAGUCCUUUACAUUUUAUUUAAUGCAGAGUUGUUUUAUUUUAAUGCACUGUCAAAAAAUAGUGUGUAAUAUCCAUCUGCUGUGCAUUUGAAUAUUUUAAAAAAUAUUUUUAAGAACAGUGCAGAAAUGGUGAGCAAAGUAUUUAGAAUCUUUAUUUUCAAUUCCAAAAGCACUGUAAACACUCAGAUAUAUAACCCUUGCCAAACAACACAUGCAUGAAUUUAGCCAAUGCAUCCUUAACCGCCAGCCCACAGAGGUUUAGAGUGUGAUUCAGAGAGGGGUAAUGGGAUUCCUCCAUUCACCCUCUCCUUACUUCCCUCUACCCCUACAACUAACUUUGAGAAGUUUUAAAUGCUACCCAGUUUAAUAUGCAUAAUAUAAAUUCCGUGCACAAGUUUAAAUAACUACCUUUGCUUCUCGAAUAGUGUCCUGGAGUGUCUUAUAGAGUAGCCGGCGGUUAGUCCAUCAGUCAUUGCCAGCUUAGACUAACUGAUUAGGAUCUUCAUUUUCAGAAUUGGAAAAGUCAGGGUCUUCUGAAUUAUUAUUCCACAGGCAGAAUUCUAAGAACGAAAAUACGAUUCUAUUUUUAAAAAUAUCUUCUUACAUAAGCAUUUUCCUGCCAUCUGACUAAACCCAUGGUGUUUGCUCACUGCUACUUUUCAGGCCCACCUUCAACCUCAAAACCAGUGAUGAAAGCAAGCCAAACUCAUGUUGCUGUUGUGGUCCAGACCAUGUUAAACACUUCACAUUGACCUAUCCCCUUUUAGAAAUCACAGUAAAUUCUUCAGGUCUUCAACCUAUGUAAGUGGUGGACAUUCACACAUUACCUUCAUAAUAUUGAUGACAAAUUGAUUCAUUCGGACUCACCUAAUCUAUUCAAUAUCAUAAGGAUCACUUGGCUGAAAUGAAUGUGGGACAAAAGAAUUCAAUUCCAACUGCACAGAGUAGACCUGUAUAGUACAAGAACCUGUGUCAGAUCAGUUACUAUGCUCUAAAGACUGUUUUAGGCUGAACAACUCAGGUACGGGCUGAAGAACAGUUCCAAGGGAUAUAUUGUGGUAUUAAUUCAUCCUUGGUCAUGUGUUAAACAGGCUGUGAUAGAUUACAAGCAUUGUGCAUUGCAUCUGAUAUCAUUAGAACUGAAUUUCAGAAGCUGAAUGCAAGGCACGUACAAAACUAUAUCACACACAAGGUUAAACUUCUACGCUUUUAUCUUUAGUUUUUCAACAUUUAUUAUUGAUCUUGUACCGGCAGAGAGUUAUUUAUUACAUCCCGUACAAGUACGUUCUAGGCUGAAGCACGAAGUAAAAUAGAAAUUAAAUGAAAGUGCAUUGGCUAUGAAAUAACAUGCAAACUUCAUCUAACUUUCUUAAAAUCUUUAAACCUGAACUUAAAUCCAUCACCUGGCAGUUAAAUUGAAAGUUAGAAUUAAGAGAUGACGCUGCCAGACACUCAGACACAAUGCCAAAGCACAUUCUGAGCCAAAAAUUAAAUGUCAGGAACUAUUUAAUGAGUUGAUUUGUUCCAAUUAACAUAAUGCUUUCCAAUUUGAAAUGUGCAUGUUGAAAUUCCUCUGAGUGUUUACAUUGAGCUGCAGUACUUACAACUUCUCAACCUAAGUUUGUGCUUAUGCUGCAACUUCUCUUGAAGGUGCCCUAUUUAAAAUAAACAUGAACAAUACAAUGCAAAUGUAACCUGCUAUAAUUAGAGGUGAAUGGUUGGUACUAAUGCAGCAAAUUACUAUAAAGAUUCUAAACAGAAAGUAUUGAGAUAUAACUCACAUCUGAAAUGGAAUGUCUCAUCGAUGUAUAUUUUUUACCUUAUAAUUAUAAAGUGUCUCCCACAGUGGCCAUAAUGUCAAAGUAACAUUGUAGUUAGCACUUCAUCUGAAAUGGAGGCUGAGAUAAAGUGACCAGAGGUGUUUGCCUGUUGACCUGGUCAGUGUAACGCUGUGGUGGGGUCUCUAACUAGAUUUUGAGCUCAGGCACUGGCCACACCUGUGUACCUGGCAGGUAAAAGGAACAGUGAAGGAAUGGUAAUGAACCUCAGUCCUUCCACAGAACCGUUCGUUCAUUCAUUUUCAAAGCCAUUUCUUCUGCUCAGUCAAUGCUUUGGAAUCAAGUGGUAAAGAUUUUGGGCCCGGAUAUGAUAUGGCGGCUUUGUUAAUUUUUUUUAAAAUAAAUUUUUUGGCACAUCUACAUUAUUAAUCAGUGCAAUAAAAAUAAAAAAUAAAAGAUAAGGGAAUUAAUUUAGAGAUCAUUAGAUUUUUAUCCACUUUGUUAAUUCUGACUUUCAGAUAGCAGUAUUUAAAUGGAGUCAAUGAAAAUAAUAAGAUUUAAAUCUGUCGCAUUAGCCUUUUCAUUUAAUUUUCUCUUCUGGAUUUUAAUUUUCACUUCAUUGAAGAAUUCUUCCUGAGAUGUGAACACUGUUAAAUGUUAACUGCUUGAACCAUGACCAUGCAUUGUGCCUUGCAACAUUUUAAUGCCACCCUUUACCCAACACACUUAAAUACAGGUGAUCAGAAUAUUUGGAAAGCUGCACACUUUUUAGAGAAAUUAUGCUGUGAAGCUUGGCUUAAAAUAACAGGGUAUGAGACACAUGGAUUUCCAUACUGUGCAAACAAAAACCCAAUAUGAACUGGAGUAAAGAGAGAGAAGCAUUCAACCAACGUCCUUUAGAGAAAUAAUGAAAAGCAUAAUUAUUUAAUUCAGCAUAUGUAUUUUCCCUUGGUAUUGAUUAGCCUUGGCUGGUGAAAGGAAAGGGGUAUCAGGAAUGACAAAGCAGGAGUGUGAUGCUGUGAAAUUAAGUGGCAGCUUACUGAGGCAAACUUCGCUGCUGCCUUUUCCAAUUAUACACUUGAGCUCCCACUUAACUAUAAGAUUAUAGUUAAUCAAAAUCAAAAUUUCUUUCACAUUUGUGCUCUAUCAUUUCUUUACCUCCCCGGCACCCAAAGUGGUAAACCCACCCAACUAACAAGCCACACAAAAGUGUUUUUUUUUUAAAGAGGAUUGGUUAGUCCCACUCUAUUCCAGUGUGGGAGGAGGUAGAAAUGAUACAAGUCUGUUACUGUGGCCAUCAUAAAAUAUUGUAAAAUAGGAUUAGUACAUGAGCAGUGCAGUGGUAUUAACAGUAGUUGUAAUGGCCUUAAGCUUCAUUGCUGAUCUGAGCAAAUGCCCAUUCAAAACUUUGGUAUCAUAUACUCCUCUCAUUCUUAACCCUUCAACACCAGUCGCAAAAUCCCCAUAAAACUUCCUGACGUAAAGAUCACACUUUUCAAAAUGUUAUUUUAAAAAGCUUUGCAUUGAUUUUGCCCAAAGUCUCACUCCUUUCCAAAACAUUGCACACUCAUGUAUACUUCUGCAAAAACUUUGUGUCUGGCCUGUUGAGCUCAGCUUUCACCAUCAAUCAAUUUGUGUGUCAGUGGAAUCGUUGAGACGCCUGUUUGCGAGAGAAGUGGGCAUGUUAAAUGGUGUCAUAUUUGCACAUUUCUGUGUGUCUCUUGUCAUUUAUGGGUUGGAAGCACCCUACAUUGUUGUAAUAUUUUUUGUUCAGGGCGAUGACAGAACAUCUGGCUAGCUAAAUAAAUAUUUGUUUUGUUGUAUAAAACUCUA